AUGGCCAAAACUACACCCUCUCAGGACCCCAGCACGGUCCUCAAGACUCAAUCAAGCACUGUGCUGUACCGGAACACCGAAACAGGGCUGAAAAUCGCACAAACCGUGGACUGUAAUGCCUUUAUUCGCGAUAAAGUCGUUCCAUCGGUGAUUGCAGAUCGCAACGUCGAGCAAUGCCACGUACGAUACGCUACAAAGAAUACAAAGACACAAGAGUAUGUAGCGGAGCUGACGGAACAGCUGAAAGAGGGGAAAUGCGUGGUGUUGUUUGCGUACGGACCGCACGUCCAGCGGGCGGUGACCAUUUUGGAACUACUCAAGACCCGCUGGGACGAAAAGACCACUUUGACGCAACAAAACAGCCUGGAACGGUUUGUGAAUGUUGUUCCGGGCAGAAACGAGCUGCUGGACCGUAAACUUAACGUUCCUAUACUGGUGAGCGUGGUAGAAAAGAGGGGCCGUGAGAAGUGA